AUGUCUUCUUCCAAACAUACCAAAAUCAAAGAACGUCAACUGCUUGCUCAACCGAACGUACUUGUAUCGUUGCUCCAGGUUACCGUCGUUGUAGUGAAUGUGCUCGCCGCAAUUCCAAAUGCGACGCUUGCGCUCCAAGCGCUGCGGAGUGGGAGAAACUCCCAAGAGGCCUACGCUCGUCGCAUGCGCCUUCGUAAACAGCAGAAAGCUCUGAAGACUCGUGGUGCGGAGAUGCUGCGGCGCGGUCUUCAAAACCUAGACGAGCUGGAUGAGGCCGAGGAGAAAGAGCGCAAGGAGGCCGAAGCUAAGGAAUCCUUCCCGCACAGCCCUCCUACUACUGACCUCGGGGGUGCCGUUUCCGAGCACGACUACUUGUCGGCCCUUUCUCCUGGUUUCUUCGAACGUUGGGGUGUCGACGGUGGAACUCCGCCAGCAACUCUAGGCAGCUGA